AAAGGAAAGACCAGAAACUGAAUGGACCCCUCCACUCCCACUCCCACUCCCACUCAGCCCCCAAUCACUCCUCCAUUGAAGAGCGAUAACCCUUACCCGCCCCCUAUACGGAGGGGACAAAAAAAAGAAGAAGAAAAAAAAAAAAAACAAACAAGGGGAAAGAAACUUGUUCGUUUACUGUGUUAAUAAUCAAAGUCCUCCUCUUCCUAUUCCUCGUUUCUUCUUCUUCCAUCAUCAUCACCUCUCUCGUUCACUGCGCGCUUUCCAGUCUCAAAUGUGGAAACUUUACCUGCAAUUCUUUUCACAGUAAUUUACUUGGGAGAUGAACAAAGGACAGCAACCUGAGCCUCUUGAUUUUUUCAUCUGGACUGUCGAGGAUGUUGGGUUGUGGUUGGAGGAUAUAAACUUGGGCAGUUACCGUGAAAUAUUCAAGGAAAAUGGCGUCAAUGGAGAGUACUUGGAGAGCAUGUCUAUGUUCACCACUGAACAGAUUCUUCGAUUUAUCAGACGGUGCCACAUGAAAUGGGGAGACUUCAUUACCCUCUGUAAAGAGCUCCGGCGGAUAAAAGUGGCAUGCCUUAAAGGGGAGCAGAAGGUCCGUCGGCCCUGGUGGGCCCCUUCUUGCCUAUCAGUAUUCUUCGUGAAGGUGGCAAAGCGCAACAGACAGUCGAGAGUUGUUUCACUGAAGCUGGAACCAUGAUGUAAGAUAUAGAUAAUAUGUACUGUUUUUUUUCUCUCUCUCUGUUUUUUUUUUGCCGCCUCCAUUUAGUCUUCGGUUUUUCGGAACGGGAAAUGAAAGUAGCAGAAAAGAACUCUUUUGCCAACUUUAUCGUCGCAGUACUGCUUGUUGGUUCUUCCUUGGAGAUCCAUCUCUGGUAUGCAAGCUUGCUAAUAUUAAUACGAAUAGCUUCAUUCUGUCGGUUUAGUUCUUUCUUGUUCUUCGAUAUGUGAAGCAUAGGAUGUUAAAAUAUGAGAGUGCUGUAGCAGGUCAUGUCACGAAGACCAUAUGUUGAUCUUUACUACCAUCCUUAUGUUGUCAAAUACUCGAUGCCGCUUCAUUUCGGGUUCCUUUCUGAUGUGGUGGGCAUCUUAAGGAUUGUUGGGAGAAUUAUAGUUUUCCAUAGAUAAUAAAAUGUAAUUUGCAAUUGAAGCUUGUUAUGCCGA